CCUCGCUUCCCCCCUGCUAGCUCACCCCAACAUCUUCUCUUGCUCUCUCGCAACGCUACUCGAAGAAACCGUUUCGGUCAACUCAUACCACCAUCCUUCUGUUUGUAACAAGACCCAUCACCACAUACAUGUCCAUUGACGCAUAAAUAUUUAAAAAAUAUCUCCCAUCAGAAAUAUCCAAACCCGGGUCAAGAUGUCAAGAACAAAGGUGCUCUCGACGGCCUUCCUCAUCGGCUGUUUCCUAUUACUCGAUUUAUCAUACACUUCGGCUGAAUGUGCCCCAAGCUCAAGCCCUCACCAUCAUCGCCCGCACCGUGGUGGCAAGCAUUCUAAGCUUCGCGAUCAAGUGGAUAAUGGUGACUAUGGGUCCAAGCCUUCCUACAUUCGCAAACAAGAUGACGAUGGGGACUAUGGCUCCAAGCCUUCUUACCUCCGCGCCCAAGAUGACAAUGGGGACUACGGCUCCGGAUCUUACAACCCCAACUCCAACUUACUCGGCCUGGAUCUCCCCAUCCAGCUUGGUUACGGAAGGGAGCCCAACUCACAGGGUAAAAAAUACAACUUAACCCUCAGCUCUUCCGGAAACAAGUUUUUUGAUGAUUGGGACUUCUUCUCCGAUUCGGAUCCAACCCAUGGGCAAGUGGCCUACCAGCCUGUCAAUGAGGCCUGGAAACAAGGUCUUGUUUCUGUUGGUCCCAGCUCACACGAUAAAAACUUGAUUACCGCUAAGAUGAAAGUAGACAACACCAACUGGCUUGCUCAAGGCGAAGCGCGAAAAUCGGUUCGACUUUCCUCUAAGAAAAGCUUCAAGUAUGGUCUUCUCGUUUUGGACGCCCUCAAGAUGCCGUUCGGCUGUUCUACCUGGCCCGCCUUCUGGACCGUUGGUAACAAUUGGCCUCACGAUGGAGAGAUUGACAUUGUUGAAGGUGUUAACAUGUUAAACACCAACCAAAUGACCCUUCACACUGGACCUGGGUGUACCAUCCAAAACCCAAUGUUGCAAGCUGCUGUCGGCAACGUUCUUAACCCCGAUUGCGACGUUUACGCAUCCUCCAACCUAGGUUGUGGGGUUCACGACCAUUCCAAUGCAUCGUACGGCCAGCCAUUUAACCAGGCAGGUGGAGGUGUCUUCGCCAUGGAGUGGUCCCCCAAUGGGGUCUCCAUAUGGCGUUUCAGCCGUGGUGAAGUUCCUCGAGAUCUUCAGUCAGGACACGCUCCACAACCUUCGACUUGGCCUAUUCGUCCAGUUGCGCAUUGGUCCAGCGACAUCUGCAACAACAUGAACGACGAGUUCUCAGAACAUCGCAUCAUCUUUGACAUCACACUUUGCGGAGAUUGGGCUGGCUCUGCUGGCGUUUUCAAUGCCAACAAUGCCUGCUCCGGAUCAUGCACUGAUUUGGUAAAGGAUCCAACCAAUUACAAAGACGCCAAUUGGGAGAUUGCCUCAGUCAAACUUUACCAGUGA